AUGGAACCAGCCGAACCCCCAACAUGGAACCUAUUUGUGGAUGGAUCGUCAGGAGUGAUCGGCUCUGGAGUAGGAGUCGUUUUGGAAAGCCCAAAAGAGAUUCGAACUGAUUCAAGUCUCACGCAUCAAGAAUACACACGCAGAUGCCCUGUCCAAGUUGGUCAGCAUAGAGAUUCAGAGCUGCUGAAAAUUGUCCCAAUUGAGCACCUACCGAAGCCCUCUAACUCUAGAGGUGAAGAAGUACUAUGGAUCGAAGGCACCCCACUUUGGAUGCAACCCGUCGUAGCCUAUCUCAAAGAUCAAUCACUGACAGCCGUGAAAAGUGAGGCAAAGAAAUUGAGAAGGAGGGCUGCUUACUUUGUUCUCGAAGAUGAUGUGCUCUACAAAAGGGGCUUCGCCUCGUCACUUCUCCGAUGCGUGGGAGGGGAAGAAGCCAUGUAUAUACUCAGGGAAAUCCAUGAGGGAGUCUACGGGGAUAAGGAAGGAUUCUCAAUGCCUCAUUAUCCCCAAGCAAAUGGACAAGUUGAGGCAGUAAACAAGACUAUCAAGCAUACCCUAAAAAGGAAGUUUGACGCCCUGAAAGGGGCAUGGGUUGAUGAGCUUUACCACGUCAUCUGGGCCAUUCGAACAACUAGCCGAACUGCAAAAGGAGAAACACCCUUCUCCAUGACCUACAAGGCCGAAGCCAUGAGUCUGAUCGAGGUGAGAAUCCCCUCUUAUCGUCGGAUACAUUUCAAUGAUAUCAGCAAUGACGAAACUUGA